CAAGGAGAAAACAAAGAUGGAUCAAAUACAACAUAAAACCAUCAAAGUAAAUGGCAUCAAAAUGCACGUAGCCGAGGUCGGUGAAGGGCCCGCCGUGCUAUUCAUCCACGGCUUCCCCGAACUAUGGUACACAUGGCGACACCAAAUGUUGUUUAUGGCAUCCAAAGGCUAUCGUGCCAUUGCACCCGACCUACGUGGUUUUGGUGACACGGAAGCACCAGAUUCGCACACUAACUACACGGCGUUCUAUGUAGUCGGCGACCUUGUGUGCUUGUUGGACACAUUGGGGUUGGACAAGGUCUACUUGGUUGGUCAUGAUUGGGGUGCGAUAAUCUCGUGGUACUUGUGCUUGUUUCGGCCUGACCGCAUCAAGGCUUUGGUUAACAUGAGUGUUGUUUAUAAUCCUAGGAAUCCGUCAGUCAAACCAGUGGACUAUAUGCGAUAUAUUUAUGGUGACGAUCUUUACAUAUGCAGAUUUCAGGAAAUAGGGUGGGAAAAAGAGUUCGAAAAAGUUGAUACGAAGAAGCUAUUAGCCUCAUUUUAUUUCAAACACGUUCCAACUAUGCCAAAAUUGCCUAAAGACUUCGCCAAGGUUUUUAACCCGCCACCAUACACCAUACCUUCUUGGUUCACCGAAAAAGAUCUUGAUUACUUCGCAUCCAAAUAUCGUACCACAGGAUUUCGUGGACCAUUCAAUUACUACCGUUGUUUUGAUCUAAACUGGGAGGUGUGUGCAGCGUGGACGGGGGCUAAGAUAAUGGUGCCGGUGAAAUUCAUAGUUGGGGACAUUGAUUCCACGUAUAACUUUCCGGGUAUAAAAGACUACAUUGAAAAAGGCGGAUUCAAGGAAUCGGUACCUGGACUGGAAGAAGUGGUGGUCAUGAAAGGAGUCGGACACUUCCUCAACCAAGAGAAGCCACAAGAGAUCAAUAAUCAUAUUUACAAUUUCAUUACCAAGUUUUAG